CCAGAGCAGUAGAGCUCUCAACUAGACAUGGCGGCGGAUCCUAAGCCGGACUGGCUCUCCUGCCUUCCCUCUUCUUGGAGUUAUGGGGUCACUCGGGAUGGACGCAUAUUCUUCAUCAACGAAGAAGCAAAGAGCACAACCUGGUUGCAUCCUGUUACUGGCGAAGCUGUAAUUACUGGGCACAGAAAAACUCCAGAUUUACCAACAGGAUGGGAGGAAGGAUACACAUUCGAGGGAGCUCGCUGCUUUAUCAAUCACAAUGAGCGAAAGGUGACCUGUAAGCACCCGGUGUCAGGCGUCCCCUCCCAAGACAACUGCAUCUUUGUUGUAAAUGAACAGCCAGCUCCCAAGGCUUCGUCAGAGCAGGACAGCAGCAGUGACAAGAAAGAACGUCCCAUGAGCACCAUGAGCGAGGCAUCAAACUACACGGGUGGCUCCGACUACAGCACCUUCCCCGGCAGCCCGGACACCACCGUCAAUAUUGCCACCGUUACCUCCACUUCAUCCACACGGCCUUCUAGGUCUUCCAAAAAAAUUCACAACUUUGGGAAGAGGUCAAACUCCAUCAAGAGGAACCCCAAUGCCCCGGUGAUCAAGAGCAACUGGCUUUACAAACAGGACAGCACAGGCAUGAAGCUGUGGAAGAAGAGGUGGUUCGUUCUGUGUGACAUGUGCCUCUUCUACUACCGUGAUGAUAAAGAAGAUAGCAUACUGGGAAGCAUCCUGCUGCCAAGCUUUCACGUCUCCAUGUUGUCGGUGGAUGACCACAUUAGCAGGAAAUACGCCUUCAAGGCCACUCACCCCAACAUGCGGACAUAUUAUUUCUGCACUGACACAGCCAAAGAGAUGGAGUCCUGGAUGAAAGUUAUGACGGAUACUGCUCUCGUCCACACUGAACCAGUCAGAAGACUGGACAAGUUGAAAGUGGAUCAGCGGAUACCUCAGGAGUUGAACAACUUACACAACCACAGAGCUCUUACACGGCCCGAGAUCCAGAACAACGAACGGAACCGUGAGCCUUUGAGGCAACACUCUUUAUCUCGAGUCGACGACAAACGCCAAAAAGACCUAGAGAAAAACAACGGCCAAAGGGAGCAGGAGUACUACACCUUACAGAGAGAGGGGGAGAGGUACUCCCUGAAGAAAGACGGCAUGAGCUACAUGCUUCAGAAAGACGGAGAAAGGUAUCUCCUCCAAAAGGAUGGAGAGAAGUACAUGCUGCGAAAAGACGGGGAUAAUUUUUUGCUGCAGAAAGACGGAGACGUGUGUGCAAUUCACAGGGAUCUGGAGAAGUAUGCUGUUCAGCACGUGGAUGGAAGGUGCACUGUGACGGCGACAGAGGACAAAUACGCUCCAUCUAAAGAUGCAGAGAAGUACCUGCUCACGAAGGAUGGAGACAAAUAUGCACUGCAAAAAGUAGGGGAAAGGCACACACUCCAGAAAGAUGGACAGAAAUAUUUUCCCCAGAAGGAGGUUAGGAGACAGCUGUCAUUAAGGGAAACCGAGAGAUACGGCAUAAUGAGGGAGAUGGACAAUAAAUAUGGCACCAUACAAGUAGUGGACAAAUAUGGCACUCUAAAGGAAGUGAAGAAAUACAGUACGCUCCGAGAAGGGGAUAAAUACGCUACUCUCAGAGAUGCAGGGAAGUAUGCUACGGUCCGUGGCGGGGAUAGAUAUGGCUUCCAGAGAGACCUGAGUGCAGAGAGGUCUCUGACUAGAAUCAGCAGCAUCAAAUUGCAGCCCGCUCAGGCCGCCGCUAUCGCAGCCGCAGUGUCCGCAUCUCGCCAGAGCCAGGCCAAUCUCAAUGUCCAAAAUCCUGCGCAGGUCAACGGCUCGGGGUCAACGGCGGGGGACCAGACUGGGGACUGCAGCCCAGCAGAGGUUGACAGCAGCUUGGCCAUGGGUCCGGGGAAGUCCCCUGUUCCAGUCCAGGAGCCAGAGAAGGGCCUGUCUCGGACCAACUCCAUGCAGCAGCUGGAACACUGGGUCCGCACACAAAAGACGAGAGUACUGGACGAUGACACCAGGAGUGUGACAUCCUACCAGACCUUACCAAGGAACAUGCCCAGCCACCGUCCUCAGAUUGUGCCCCGCUACCCAGAGGGCUAUCGCACGCUACCCCGCAACAGCAUGAUGAGACCCGACAGCAUCUGCAGCGUGGCGGGCUCUGUGUAUGACCGGGCCCUCCGUCCUGCCUCCACCACCACCAUCGGCACAGUGGAGAAGAGGAGGUCGAUGAGGGACGACACCAUGUGGCAGCUGUAUGAGUGGCAGCAGAGGCAGGCCUUCUCCAGGCAAAGUCUGGCUCUGCCAACAGCUGGGGGUCAUUAUGGCACCCUGCCCAACACAAAGACCAUGGGUAACAUCUCUGAAUACGCGAUUGCGCACUCCAUCCCCACCUCACCGUCUCAUGGCUCCCUGGCUCUCUACAGCACCUUACCCCCUCCUCGCCAGCAGGUCGCUCACAACCCCAGCAGCUCCCACUCCGAGGUGUCCUCACCCGUCUUCAGGGGAGACGUGACCCUGGACCACUGGCACAGGACACAACUUGCAAAGCACGGCUACCAACCUGACCGGCGAUCCAUUGCAGGCGGCGUCCCUCCUCAGUCCAUCACCCCACAGUCCCUGCAGGGCAAGACACCCGAGGAGCUGACCCUGCUCCUGAUCAAGCUCCGCCGGCAGCAGGCGGAGCUCAACAGCCUGAGGGAACACACAGUAGCUCAGCUAAUGGCCCUGGGUAUGGAGGGGCCCAACGCUAAGACUGAUGUUCUUUCUCAUCACCUCCAGAGGAACCUUAUAUACCUGGACAACCAGACGAAGGAGAAUGAGCCUCUAAUCUUCAUGAUUCACACUAUGAUCGAGAACUCGGCACCGAGGCCGCAACUCUAUCAGCAAAUCACUCCAGACGAAUUCAAAGACAGCUCCUUCACACAGCGCACAGACGAGGCUGACAUAGACACCAAACUGAGCCGACUGUGUGAGCAGGACAAGGCGGUGAGGAUGCAGGAGGAGAAACUGCAGCAGCUACACAGAGAGAAGCACACUCUUGAGACGGCCCUGCUGUCUGCCAGUCAGGAGCUGAGUGAACAGAGCGGCACCAAUGCUGCAGCCUCACAGAGCCUGCUCCAGCAGAGAGACGUGCUGCAGAACGGCCUACUCAGCACCUGCAGAGAGCUGUCCAGAGUCAACACUGAGUUGGAGCGUUCCUGGAGGGAGUAUGACAGGUUGGGGGCAGAUGUCACUCUGGCUAAGUCCAACCUGCUGGAGCAGCUGGAGGCCCUGGGCAGCCCUCAGACAGAGCCUCCAAGCCAGCGGCACAUCCAGAUCCAGAAGGAGCUGUGGAGGAUCCAGGACGUCAUGGAGGCUCUUGCCAAAAAUAAACCCCAGCGGAGCACAGACAGCACUGGCGUACCUGGUUCCAAACCGCUCUCCAGUCAACAGAAGAAUGAGGCAGUGACGCUGCUGCCACUCAGUCCUCUCAAGGAGGGCAACAGCGUGCCCCCCCGCCCGCCCCUCCCCCAGUACUACGACUCAUCAGAGCGCCCCCCUCAUGUGCCCCCCCACCACUCACAUCUCGGCAGCCGCCUGCCCUCCCACACGCACCGCCCCGAGGAUCGCAAGGCCGGAUCCAGGAAUGGAGUACACAGCCAAAAUCCAGACUACCGGCUGUAUAAAAGCGAGCCUGAGCUGACCACCGUGAAGGAGGAAGUAGAUGAGGCUAACGGUGAGGACAAGGACAAGACAGAGACCUCUGCUGAGAGUAAAGACACUGCAGCUUCAAAAGUGCCCCCUUACCCGGUGGGCAUCAUUCCUCCUAGGACCAAAUCUCCCAUGAGUCCUCCCGAGUCCUCCACCAUUGCCUCUUAUGUCACCCUGAGGAAGACCAAGAAGCCUGAAUCCAGAUCAGACCGUCCUAGGAGCGCAGUGGAUCAGACAGGAUUUGGGGAGCGAGAGGUGGGCAGAACGAGGAUGAGUGUGGAGGAGCAGGUGGAGAGGAUGAGGAGAAACCAGCAAGCCUCGUCGCUCCGAGAGAAGAAGAGAGACACCCCUUCCCGUUCGCCCUCUUUCAGCAAAGACAACCCUUUUAUCAUCCAGCAGAGUCGGGUCCAGACAGAGGGGGCCUGUGCAGAUCCUGUGGAACUGGAAGCAGCUCUGCACCAGCUGAAGGUGGCUCACAUGGAGCAGAGCAGGACAGCUGCUGGGACUCACACGGAACCUGCACCACAGGAGGUGCAAAGAGUGAAGGAGGUGAAAAAUGACAAGUGUGAGGAAGUGCAGCAGGACAGGGACGUGACCCUGCAGAGUGUGAAGGAGCCACAGACUGAGGCCAACGGCAUAGACAAUGAGCUGUGUGAAACCCAGAGGGUGGUGAUUCUCGACCUGGGCACAGAGCCUCAGCGUGUGGAGAUUGUAAACCUUCAGCCUUUUGAGGAUGACGAAAGCAGAGAGCAAGAUCUGACCAGCUCGCCAACAAACACCACCACUGAAAACAGUAGCUUUCAGACUCCUGAGCCUGAGACGCCGAGCCCGGAGCCAAGGGAGGAGGAACAAGACGUGAUGCAACAAACCACCAGAGAGGAGAAGCUGGAGAAGAGAUUGGAUUCGUCCAACCAGCUAACAGAAGACGACAAGAAACACAACAACAACAACAACAUGUUGGCUUCGCAGACGUUCACCUUGGUGAGCAGUGACACGUGAGCGAUGUCCGCCUCGACAUCCACACUAGCGUCCCGUAAAGCCCAAAUGUAGCCUGCCUGCACAGAGCAUGCUCCACGGCUUCCUGCGUUUACAACAGGACUAUUUUGAUACUUCUGUUACAUGUCCACAAGGAGACUGAGACUGAGAGGAUGACAGCCCUGCUAACUGACGGACAACAGACCGACGGGCCGCCAUCACUUCCAGACAGAGAGAAAGGCAGAUGUACUGUAUCUUUAGCACCUGUUAGAUUUGUCCAUACUGAUAUGUCCCUGAGCUAAACAAAUUCUAUGGAGUCAGAUUAGUCUCAAAACAUUUCCACAUAAAAAUAAGAUUGUGAAAUGGUAAAGUCAUGGUUGUGUGAAGAAUAAAAUAAGAGAACUUUGAAAACAGAGAGCCUUCACAUGCUGAGUCCACUGUCAGAAAGUGGAGUUUCAGAUGCUGCUAAUUCUGUUUUAGAGAAGAACAUUUAUCACUGAUAAACACAAUACAAGAAUAACACUCAGUUGUCAGUCUUCCCCAUCCUAGGUCAGCCACUGGCUAAAUGUUACCACAGACCCUAGUUAGGUGUCCGUUUUCUGCUUUUCUUUCUUUGUUGUUGGCCAUGCUUUUUUUUGUUGCUAUAAAUAUAUACAAUUAAACCAUUUCACAAUCUU